CAGGCGAUCCGGGUGUUCUUCAUGUUGCGGUCGCUGUCGCUUCAGCUGCAGGGAGAACCUGAGACACAGCUGCCUCUGACCAGACCUGAAGACCUGAUCAAAACAGAUGAUGUGUUAGACCUCAACAACAGUGACCUCAUAGCCUGCAUGGUGGUCAGUAAAGAUGGCGGCCAGGCCCAGAGGUUCCUCGCUGUAGAUGUGUACCAGAUGAGUUUGGUCGAACCAGAAACCAAACGCCUCGGAUGGGGUGUGGUCAAGUUUGCUGGACUCCUGCAAGACAUGCAGGUGUCUGGUGUUGAGGACGACAGCAGAGCGUUGAACAUAGUCAUCCAUAAGCCCAGCUCCAACCCCCACGCCAAGCCCCUGCCCAUCCUCCAGGCCAACUUCAUCUUCGCUGACCACAUCCGCUGCAUCAUCGCCAAGCAGAGGCUGGCCAAGGGCCGCAUCCAGGCCCGCCGCAUGAAGAUGCAAAGGAUCGCCGCUCUGUUGGACCUGCCAGUGCAGCCCAGUGCGACAGAGGUUCUGGGUUUUGGUCAGACAGCAAAUGCUUCACCCAGCGGCCUCCCUUUCCGGUUCUACGAACAGUCAAGACGGGCCCCCAACGACCCCACAGCAAACAGAUCAGUCUUUGCCUCUGUGGAUAAAGUUCCAGGUUUUGCGGUGGCUCACUGUGUGUCGCAGCACAGUCCCUCACCCCUCUCCUCACCCUCGCCUCCCUCCAGUGGGAGUGGCAGCACAGGGAGAUGUGACUCUGUUACUGCAAGUACUAUAUCAGCUCAAAGUCCGACAGAUGACGGCACAUUUUUGGAGCACACUCCGCCCUCCUCCUCAGGCGGAGAAGGGGAAGGGGGAGGUGGAGAAGUAAUUCUACUCUCCUCUACUCCUUCAUCCCCAGUCCCCGUUCCCACCCUGGCCCCGAGCCUCACCCCGGCCUCCCAGCCCACCAUCUCCCUCCUCACCGACAACAACGCCGACACCCUCAGCGUGGAGUCGCUCACGCUACUACCCCCUUCCGACUCGCCGCACCUGCACCCAUGCGCCAGCCAUGUUCCCACGAUGCACUCACUCCAGAGACCUGAUGCCUCCAUCGCAGAGGAGGAGGAGGAGGUUGAGGAGGAGACAGAGGGAGACAGGAAAGGAGGGCAAAGAGAUGAGGAGGAGAUGCAAGAGGAGGAGGGAUCCCCGACGGAUGAGGCAGUCAAAGAGGCACCCACUGACGAGGCACCAGAGGGGGGUGACGAGCCAGAAGGUGAGGACACACAUCUAGAGGCGGAGCUUUCUGCUGCAGAGUCACAAAAAAGAGACGACUGUGCGGAGAACACAGAAGACGCAGAGACACGUUCAGAAACACCAGACUCAUCUGAACUGGAUUAAACUAAACAGAAAUUCAUGUUCACGUAACGUCAUCUCACACACGCAGAGGACAGUAGAGAGUGAUGGUGAAACCAUCCAGUGAGGCUACAGUAUAUUUUCAUGUUGCGACUUGUUGGAAUGGUGUGAUGUGGAUAAAUCAGGAGGCUUUAGAAGUCAUCUCAACUUUGUGUUUGCACAUGAAGAAAGACUAUUUUUAUGCACAGACAGAAGACGAGUCCAGUCACCGGUGGAACUCAAGGAAGGCUCAAAGCACAUUUGGAUUUUUGUGCGCUCGAGUGUGUCCAGCCGUGUUUUUAGCACGCGUGUGCCGACGCACACAACCAGCAAAGUUUUUUACUCAUUCUGAUCGAUCGUCAGCUCAAAGACACACACACCCUAUUUUUGUGUCUUAUGUUCUCAUAACGGUUUUCACCACUAUUGUUUUGUGGUGGUGGUCACUACUAUGCUAAUACACACACACACACACACACACACACACACACACAAUUCAUACAGUCCACACUGAGUCAGCUGCACUUGCCUUCUAACCUUUGCAUGUUGCACCCAUUAGCAGUUACUGCCACCCAGAAGUGCCAGUGGGUCGGCGUGCGUGUGUUCCGCUUUUGGUUUAAUUCUCAUUCUUCCACAUGUAAAGUAAUGAUCCAUUCAUUUGCCACUUUCUGAUUGGUGUUUUUUAUAGAAUAUAUAUUAAAUCAGCUUGACCGAGAAGGCAGCAAUUAUCUUUCAUUUGAUGUUAACCUAAGCUUAUUUUAAAAGUGGUCGUCUUGUGCCCCGCUGGUAAAUAUUUGGAUAAAUUCAUGUGGGAAAGUGACAUGAGGUGUGUGAAAGCUGCUUUUUAGUUUAGUGUGUCGGUUUUCAGCAAUUCAGAUAUGCAAGUUUUGAUCUCACUCUGGUUUUCUUCCAACUUCCAUGUCAGAUCAGUUCCUGGUUUUCAAACAUCACAUUUUGCAAAAUCUUAAAGUGCAUUCACCCUUCAGCAGCCAGUUUUUGAGAGAUCUGAAUGGAGCAUAGCCUGCAGUAUAAGUGGUACUGUAUUAAUAUUUAAUGCAGAGCAGCAGUAAGUGUAUCGUUUCGGUCAUGCAUUGAUUCAUUCAUUCAUUUUACGCAUAGAGUAUUUCAGCCUGUGACAACACAAAUGUCCUCAAAUACAAUACGCUGAUGUUUCAGAUUGUUUGAUGACCUGAGAAAACUAGAUAAAAAAAGAAAUGUUCUUGAAUUUCUUUCAGCCGCCUAGUGAUGUAGUAUAACAUCGAUCUGCGGUGUCACGAGGAAACUAUUUUAAGUAGCAGCCGUGUCUUUGGGUCCGCACGUGUUGAAUGUACCUGCUGGUUUCCCCUCAGGCGCUGACCUGAGCUCAGUUUUACUCUGCAUGUAUGUAGGGAUGGGUUUAAAUAGAUAAAUGUUAGUAUGUGGUUGAGUCCCCCCCAUGAAAAAAAGGUUGGAUCCUAUUUUUAUGUUUAAAUCCUGGAAUUAUCGUUCCUUCAAUCAUCUGAAUAAAGCUUAACUCCUGCAAUAAUCUGAAGAGCUAACCAGUGAUGGGGAGACGUGAAUGUAACAACUUAUCUCUCAGUCAGUAUUGGAUCAAUUAGAGAAACUGGGAUCUGUGUAUUUUAAUUAAUUUGUAAAGCACUCAGAUUGUUUAAAAUACAUUUUCUCUGUGUGUCCUCAUCUUUUUCAAAACUUUUACCUGCCCUGCGUUUCUCCGUCUCCUGACUCGCCCUCUUCUUUCCGGUGCCAUCGUCACACAGCUGAAGUCUUAAUGCUCGAUCAUUCUUGUUUUGUAACUUUGUACAGUCAUCACCAAGUUUUUAAAUGAGAAACUCAGAGCAAUACUCUCUUUAUUUUGAGUCUUGUCUCCUCGUGUUUCCAUUUUGCUUUUGUAAAUAGCAGAAGAAUGACAGUGGUGAUGAGGCUGCGCUGACAUGCUGAAGAGGCUUACUUAGGCACAGUUUGCAGAUGUGGCACAGAUGGUUCAGAGGAACGUGAAUCGGCCGACGCGUUUUCGUAACCACUGGUAACCGAAACGUGCCGUGACAAGCAUCUGUUAUUGAGUCUCUGAUUGUAGUGUGUGUGUAUGCAAUUAGUUUGUAUGCUCUGUAAAUGCUUUUGGCUUUUAAACCUGUAAUUAUUGUUAAUGAACUAAAACAGAGGAAUAAAUAAAGAAUUGCAAUAAAUUAUUCUACUUAAAAAUGUCGAGA